ACAACUAGCAGAAAAACAGAACAGAACAGAGAACAGAGUGAAUCAAAGCAAAGUGGAAAAUUCGAGAACAGCUGGUCAUGGCAUAGGUAUUUUAAGCCAGAUUUCUGCAAAGGUUUGUAGAAAUCUAGCUCAAAAGUGUUGUGUUGCUACCGAUAUGAAUGAUUCUUCAAGUUACGGCAACGUUGUGUCCACAAUGAUUGAAAAGUUUAACACCAUUUACUCCAAAAAUACUCCAGCGAAUGGGUACCCUCCUAUGUAUUCAGACGAACACUAUACAAACGACAGCCGUCCAAGGGAAAAUGGAAUGGAAGACUGCGCACCUCCCAGCGUAAAUCGGGCAACUAAAACGUUCAAGCCAAAGAAAAGUUUACCAGAUGAAAGUUAUCAAUGUGACUUGAUGAAGUAUUCCUCUGAUACUCUUGGCUCUGGAGAUCUCAGGCUUGCAGUCCAGCUGCCUGAAGGAGGAGAUAUCAAUGAAUGGGUGGCAUCAAAUACUGUUGACUUUGCCAACCAAAUAAACAUGCUGUAUGGAACCUUAACAGAAUUUUGCACCGAGGAGUGUUGCCCUAUUAUGUCUGCUGGUCCAAAGUACGAGUACCACUGGGCUGAUGGACACACAGUUAAAAAGCCUAUAAAGUGCUCAGCCCCAAAAUAUAUAGACUAUUUGAUGACUUGGGUGCAAGACCAACUUGAUGAUGCUACUUUGUUUCCAUCCAAAAGAGGCAUUCCCUUUCCGAAGAAUUUUAUUUCUAUAGCCAAAACCAUUCUGCGCCGUUUGUUCAGGGUUUAUGCCCAUGUGUACCAUGAACAUUUUCUGGAUGUCCUACAUCUGGGAGAAGUUGCUCAUCUGAACACAUCAUUCAAGCACUUCAUCAUCUUUGUUAAUGAGUUCAGCCUCAUUGACAAAAGAGAAUUGGCUCCUCUGCAAGAGCUCUGCGAUAAAUACACCAAUAAGGAUGACUGAAGAUAGAUCUGUUGCUACACAACCAACAAUUCAUGCCAUCUUCAGUUUCAAACAUUUUUUUACCAAGUUUUAAAAUUUAUGCUUCAUACAUUUUUAUACUAUCUUUAUCCGUCCAAUGUAAUACACCAGUACCCUUGUUUACUAUAGCUGUACUGUGAGUCUUCUUGAAGCAAUGUUGAUAUUGCACUUGAUUGAUUGAUUCGGAAGUUUCCUGCAGUAGACUACUUUUUUAUUUGAGUUAAGUAAUGUGUUGCAUAUUUAAUUUUUCGUUAAGGCCUUACUGCAAGUAUGGCAGACUGAUACUUGAUAUUUCAUUGUCAAUGAACUUAUUGAUUGUUAAUUAUUAGUUGUAAUGAAUACUUAAAUGUAUGUGGAACUGUUUAUAAAUACUUUAUUAUGUAAUUUAUUGUUUGCAAUAUGAAAACAUUGGAAUACAAUUUUUAAAAGCAUGCUUGGAUUACGAUUGUAGUUUUCAGCUAGUGUUCAAUUUCAAAAUCUACAGUUUGUACUAAACAAAUGAAUUGUUUGUCCCUGCAUUUAUUUCAGUACUUAUGAUAACUGGGAGUUUUCUUAUAUUUUCAUACUUUUCUAAUCAUUCAUACCAGUUUGUGGGAUUUUCAUUCUUAUAUUUGAUUGUAUACUAGCUUCGUGUGUCUUUCCGUGUCAUUUUAGCAUGUAAAUUAAUUGUUUAACAUAAGAGGGUUUGUUGCCACUCUGUAUCAAAUGUUACCAUCUCUUUUAUGUGCUUUAUAUUUCCUAUGUAUACAAGUUGCCAGUUGCCUGUAAUCCUUUUCAUUGCUUGUUUGAAAUACAGUUGUGUUUUUAACAAUGAAAA